GCACGCCUGCCGGGCUGGGCGGGCGGAGCGGCGGCGCCGCGGAGAGGUUAACAUGAAAAGGGAAAAACGCAUCCAUGAGGCGGUGGAGAAUGGCGAAGAGCUGGCCGUGGUCAACGGGAUUUGCACUGAUCCGGCUGAGGACAAAAGGCAGGCCGUUUCAGAAGGCGCGAGGAAUCAUGCAGACAACACCGGACCUCAAAACGUUUCAGGCAAGUCCAAAGGGCUGCCGAAGAGGGAGGCCUCCAAGGAAGCUGCCUCCUUGCCCCCGGGCGCCAAGGAAGGGCAAGAGGUACGAACCCGUGGAACUGCCGGCUGGGAGAACAGCUUGCGGCAGAGGCCUCCUCCCCGGAUAGUCUUCCAGGCAGGACCAGCCUCACAGGAGAAGAAGCCCAAAGACGAUGUGGAGAGCGUGGAAGGCUUUAAGGAACGACACAAAAUUCGGUAUUCCAGGAGGCUGUCUGCGGCCCCCAAGAUUGACUUUGCGGAGGACAGUCUCUUAGAAUUUGACCAGAGUGACAGCAGCGGAGGCCCUGGCGUCCCCAAUGGAUGUUCUCCGCUGUACACAGGAGUGCUGAGAAGCGUCGAGGAAUACCAGGACGGAAAGAAUUUUAGAAUCGGGGAACUCGUUUGGGGCAAGAUCAAAGGUUUCUCUUGGUGGCCCGCCAUCGUGGUGUCUUGGAAAGCCACGUCCAAACGACAGGCUGCUCCCGGCAUGCGCUGGGUGAAAUGGUUUGGUGAUGGAAAGUUUUCAGAGGUCUCGGCAGACAAGCUGGUUGGAUUGGUGGCAUUCCAGGAGCAUUUCAACAGCACCACCUUCCAUAAGCUCGUGUCCUACCGGCAAGCCAUCCUUCACGUUUUGGAGGUGGCAAGCAGCCGAGUUGGCAAGACUUUCUCGAGUGCUGCAGGAGAUUCACUGGAAGAGAAGCUGAAACCCAUGGUGGACUGGGCCAUCAAUGGCUUCAAACCCACUGGAGGGAAAGGGCUGAAGCCCCCCAAGUCCUCAGAGAACAGGGCCCUCCGCCGGAGCAGCGUGGAAGAGGCCGCCCCCCCUGAGCCUGCGCCCCCCACCAAACGGCUCAAGACCACCGUCUGCAACGGCAACAAGGAGCAAGGGGCGGAGCAGCAGAGCCGAGAACGGAUGGUCUCCGAAGUGAAGAACCGCAACAAGAGUUUGGAAGAUAGCUGCUUAUCGUGCGGGAGGAAAAACGCGGUGACGUUUCACCCAUUGUUUGAAGGGGGUCUCUGCAGGACCUGCCAGGAUCGGUUCCUGGAGCUUUUCUACAUGUAUGACGAAGACGGGUACCAGACCUACUGUGCCAUCUGCUGCGAGGGGAGCGAGCUCUUGCUCUGCGGCAACACCAGUUGCUUCAGGUGCUUCUGCGUGGACUGCUUGGAUGCCCUGGUGGGGCCGGGCGCCGCUGCCGCAGCCAAGGAACAGGAGCCCUGGAGCUGCUACAUGUGCCAGCCCCAGAAGCGCUACGGCAUCCUGCAGCGACGGCAUGACUGGAACACUCGCCUGAAUGAGUUCUUCACCAGCGACCAGGAGCAGGAAUAUGAAAUGCCCAAAAUCUACCCAGCCAUCCCAGCGGCAAAGAGAAGGCCAAUCAGAGUGCUCUCUCUAUUCGACGGCAUUGCAACCGGUUAUCUCGUGCUGCGGGAUCUAGGCAUUCAAGUGGAGAAAUACAUUGCCUCUGAGAUCUGCGAAGACUCCAUAGCUGUGGGGACCGUGCGGCACGAAGGGAACAUCAAAUACGUGCAUGAUGUCAGGAACAUAACCAAGAGGAAUAUCGACGAGUGGGGUCCGUUUGACUUGCUGAUUGGUGGGAGUCCUUGCAAUGACCUGUCUAUUGUGAAUCCUGCUCGGAAGGGAUUGUAUGAGGGGACCGGGCGACUGUUCUUUGAAUUCUAUCAUCUUCUCAAUUACGCACGGCCCAAAGCUGGGGAGGACCGCCCCUUCUUCUGGAUGUUCGAGAAUGUGGUGGCGAUGCGUGUGAAUGACAAGAGAGACAUCUCUCGUUUCUUGGAGUGCAACCCAAUUAUGAUAGAUGCCAUCAAAGUCUCGGCUGCUCACAGAGCAAGGUAUUUCUGGGGCAACUUGCCUGGCAUGAACCGGCCACUGGUAGCUUCCAAGAAUGAUAAACUUGAACUUCAGGACUGCUUAGAGUACAGCAGGACAGCAAAGUUGAAAAAAGUCCAAACCAUUACCACAAAGUCCAAUUCAAUCCGGCAGGGAAAAGCCCAGGCGCUUCCGGUGCGCAUGAACGGCAAGGACGACGAUUUGUGGUGUUCUGAAUUGGAACGGAUUUUUGGCUUCCCUCUUCACUACACAGAUUUGCACAACAUGGGCCGUGGAGCUCGCCAGAAGCUGCUUGGCAGGUCGUGGAGUGUCCCUGUCAUCCGUCACCUCUUUGCCCCACUCAAGGAUUAUUUUGCCUGCGACUAGGCAGCCCGGGGGGGCAACUCAGGCCUCCCCUGGUAAAGCUGCUUGUGGGGGGGGGGUAGAAGAGAACAAGGCAGCAAUUCUACCUUCCUUCAAGGCACGUCCCCACCCCCCACGGGCCCUGGAAGGGAUGGCCUCUAUGGAGACUUGACGGGAAGCUUCCUUUGAACCGACUGUGACUUUCUGCUCAGCAAUAACGCAGAACUCUGGAUGCUUGUGGGAGCCUCAAACCUCAUUAAUCGGAAAGAUUAAUGCAAAGCGGCACAGGUUGGUUUUCUGGUGGGCUGCAAAUGAGAACCCAAACUUGAAAGAGGGAGGUGCCAAAGAAUCUCCCCAUCUUUGCCUUUGAGCCGUCUGCCACGUGGUGCUUCGUACGCUUUACGCACGGGAACAAUCAGGAGGCGAGGAGAAACGCCUCUCUUUUUUUUUUGAAUACUUUUUUUUUUAUAAAACAAAAACAUUUUUUUUAAAAAGAAAAGAAUGACACUUGGGCUGCUGCUGUACAGCAUUGGAUGAAAAAAGUGAGACUUCCUAGAAAGGAAUUUCGUAGAAAGGGAACUGUUAAAGGGAAAGAAGACAAAAACAACCUUCAGGUGCAUCCAGGUAUAUUUUUAAACGACGCUCCUCUGUUGGCACAACAAAUGUGUUUUGAAUGCAGAGUGUGAUUUUUAGAGGGAGUGAAAAUGUGAUCCUUGAUCCCCCCCGGGAUCUUUCUUCCAUAUACAUAUUGCUGAAUUGAGCAGAAGCCAUGCGAAAAUGCCUCUGAAGUUUUGCACGAGUUCUGUUCUUCCCAGAGGACCUUGUGCAGAGACAUUCCAGGGACGGGAGUUGCGCUCCCGGCCUUCGGGUCAAGCAAAGGGAAAGGGUCCCUUCCCGUCUGCCAAAAAGAAAUUCUACUGAUGUUCACGUCUACCUUGGUGAGAAAGGAUCUGUUUUCCCCAGUGCUGAUAGUCCGGUCCCCUUGCCAGAAGAAGAACAACUGGAAAAGUGUCUUUGUAACUGCUUUGCCGCAAAGGGUUUUACUACAGAGGGACGCUGGCUUUGAGCCCUCCUGAUGCUGCUGUUUACAUCCUUAAUAUUAGCCAGAUUUUCAACCAAUAUUGUUUUCUGCCACUGACUUCGUUAUGAAAAGGAGGAGACUCAUGAAAAUAGGAUCUCUCUGCCGGGGAAUAAAGGAAAACCCCUUGUUCUUGUCGGUUGAGUAAGACCGUCCCUUUCUGAUUGGCUCAUCUUUCUCUGCUUGAUGAAUAUCCACAAGGCAACGUUUUUCUACAGGGGUCUGCACAAAAGACCUGGGGGUGGGUGGGUCCUAGGCCGUGCCUUUCUCUAUACAGUACAUUCACUGGAUCCGUUCCUUUCUCUCCUGGUGCUGUGCCACGUGUCGAGAAAAAGGGAUUUCUCCCACUCACGUCAACCUACUGCCUCAACCACUGCGGGGGGCUUUCCCUCCCGCCACCCCUGUGCCUUCAGAGAAUGCUCCUUGAGCUGCCCUUGGAAGAAAAAUCCAAGCAAUAAAGACGUCAUGUUCAUAGAGGACACAGCUCAGGGCAAGCCGAGCCGUGCUCAAGCUGCUGGGUUUCAAGUAGACCUGGUUGAAAUGUGAGGCUGGCAAGGGAAAGACCUUCGUGGUGUGCCCAUGCAUGGGUGUGGCAUUUCCUGUGAACGGUGCUGUAACUUGUGCCAAGCAGCUACACUUGCUUAUUUUGCAUGCCGGAGGUCGCAGCCCUUGUGGAUAUUGCGCUGGCACGCUGAUUAAGCCCACGUGGCUAAUUUGCACUGGUUGCAGCACAGUAUAAAUGAGACACGCGCACAAGAAAGUGCUUUGCCCCCAUCGCCCUCACAUUUGAGCCGGACUUUCAGUGGGCCCUGCGUAGGAGAACUUCCCUUAGGCUUGAGCUCGGGUGGGUCAAGAGUUUCUCACUGUCUGUCCAGGUCCGAAGACCGAGCUGUGCUUCAGCUUUGUUCAAUGCAAGCUAGCACACGUUUCCAGAACCAUUCCCCGGUAGUGGACUGGUCCAAUGCUGAGAUUUCAGCUUUGCUCAGGUAUCUCUCCAGCAGGUGUUGCAUUGAAUGGUGAGGUUUUGGCUCUUGGCUGAAGUUCUUCUGCCCUGCCACGGGCUCUCCACGGAGAGCAGCAGCCCCCAUUCAGAGAAAGAGACAGGAGUGGAGGGAUGUGGGUCAGUAGUGACUGGAGCCCGCAGCCAUUCUUGUCCUGCCUGGUGCUUGACUCAGGGGUCCCCUCCCCCAUUGGCAUCACCCCUGCAGUUCUCCAACAGCUGUCUCUAGAGGAGUCCAACUGAGUUCACUGGUCCUACUCCAGAGGAAGGCAUUUUGAGGAACACUCUUAAGAGCCUUGGGGACAAGAUGGAGAUUUUCUCUCUCUCUUGGAAUCACUGCUAGCAAUCUAGAGUAGCAUUAGUCUGGGAAAUAGUAAAGAGUCUAGUAGCACCUUU